AUGAAGGGCAAGAAGUUUCUCAGCCUGCGGGACAGGAACGGCGCCCAUCGCAGGAGCAAAUCCUCUGAACCAGGGCAUAAGAGCCGACCACUAUCUUCCGAAGCUUUCAGAUCGCUUUUCAAAGGAGACGCCGCGCGACGAGAACAAAAUGACGAGGAACUUAAGGAGAAGGAAUCGGCCAAGAUCGAGGAGAUCACCCAACAGCUCGCCGACUCCAACAUCACAGACGUUUCCGAAGAACACAUUCGCGACUCGCUUAACAGCAAGUUUGCCGAAGGCGAUGUCGAAAAAACCGUCGAAUUCAUCAAGAUGCAAUGCAAGGCCAUGGCCGGCAAGAUCACGCAUUACAAUCCCCAGAUCGAGAUGGUUGGUGCGGAGAACAGAGGCAACGUUACUUGUUACAUCGACUCUCUCCUUUUCGCCAUGUUCGCCAAGCUGGAUGCCUUCGAAUGCAUGCUGAAGAACGACUUUACGGACGAGCCUAGACGCAAACUCGUCACGCUGCUGCGCCUAUGGGUAAACAUGCUGCGAAGCGGGAAGAUGAUUCACACAGAUAUGACGAAACUCAUCCAGGAUGCCCUCGCCGAAUGUGGCUGGAGCGACGCCAAAUUACUUGAGCAACAAGAUACCUCCGAAGCCUUCGCGUUUGUCACCGAGACCCUCCAGCUUCCCCUAUUGCAAUUACAGGUCGACCUAUUCCACCAAGGAAAGAAUGACAAAGACGAUCACAAGCUGGUUUACGAACGAUUACUGAACUUGGCCGUGCCCCCUGACCCCGACGGAAAGGGCAUUCGAUUGGAGGACUGCUUGGAAGAAUACUUCAAUACACAGGUGGACGUGUUGAGGGACAGCCACGAGGAGAAGAAGGAGUUGGCAGCGCAGACCGCCCCGGGCAAGAACACCAUUCGUCUGGUGACGCCAGAGGGUAGUACCGACUUUGAAGCAUCGGACAUCCUGAGUGCGUCUCCUCUGCAGCUUUCACCAGCUCUUGAACGACGAUGGACGGCUUCUCAAGCGCCGAAUGGUACGCCCGAAUCACCAAGCAGCUCAACGCGUCCUGCUCCCCGGCACCGCUCAACUAGCGUCAUCCAGCGGGUCGUUUUGGAAGAGAAGAAGGAACCGACAGAGUCCGAGACGCCCAGCAUGCUUGAAAAGGCGCGGUCAACAGUGGUCAAGGCCGUUACGAUCCCUGCCUGGCAGUUUUUUAGGUUGAUUCCGUGGCAUGCGGCUGGUAACAAGGAGCCCAAGAACGACAUGGAGGUGGCCAUGAACUUCAACCAGAGACCUGUUGUCGGAAUCUGCCUAAAGCGGUACAUGAUGACGAACUCUGGUGUACCGCAACGCCACAACACAUUCAUCGAUAUCCCAGACAGUCUGAGACUGCCUCAUUUCAUGCUUGCUGGCGAGGCGCAACUUGAGGAGGACCCGAACGGCUUCAGCAUGGAGUACAAGCUGGUUCUUCAAUCGGUGGUUUGCCAUCGCGGUGAUUCGCUCUACAGUGGUCACUAUAUCUCAUUCGCACGGGUUGCGCCCAAACUUCUCACGGACAAUCGACGACACGACUUGGACCCCCCACCCGACUACGAAGAAGCGCAGUGGGUUAAAUUCGAUGACCUCAACAUCGAAAGCAGGGUGACGUAUGUGGAUGACAUCAAGCAAGCACUGAAGGACGAGAUGCCAUAUCUGCUAUUUUACCAGAUUGUGCCAAUGGUGGAGGUUGCCUCAACUGAAGAGACGGAGACCGAGCCGCCUUCAUACAACGAGUCCAAGGUCAGCAUCAACCUACCACUUACGCCCAACCCGCAGGAGGGCAUCAACUCCGGUGUCCCAUCUUCCAAGAGCGAUUACUUCGAAAACACCUCAAUAUCACCACCCAAGGCUCCAAGCAUCCGAUUCUCAUCCGACCUCGAGAGGCCAACCCGCCUGAGCUUGGACGAUGAGCCAUACGGCUUGGGCUUCAAAGACUCCCGCCGAGGCAGCGUCACCUUCACGGACUCUACUCUGGGCACACCGGCAAUCACCCCAGAGGCUGUGUCCCCGGCAAUCACUCCAAAUGAGGAGACAACGGCUCAGAGACUCUCACGGGCAGCCGCACGUUUCACUGCCAAGAACAAGAGCAGACCUACGAGCCAGGCCGGUGAGGGACGAAUCAGUCUCACUAUGACGCGGCUCGGCGGACUUAUGCGGCCAAGCAAAGAGCCCCUGCGAGAACCGGUCAACGGAAAUGCGCUGGCCGCAUCUGUCAGCGCUCCCCUACCGGAUCAUGUGCCCGAAGAGCAGUUUGUCGAAGACAUCGCGGCGGAGCCCACCCCGGUGGCCGAGGGCGACAGACAAGAUUCGAAGGACUCGAAAGACUCGAAAGACUCAAAGAACUCGAGGGAUUCGAAGGAGUUCAAGGAAAGGAAAUCCGGAGAGCACCACCACAAGCAUCACAACCACAAACGGGGGAAGUCAAAAGAAAGAAAGAAGAACAAGGACGGCGAGCCUGAGCGGGAAUGUGCAGUCAUGUAA